AUGACUUUUUUGAAGAAGAGCCAUUUGAGCGAUAAGAAAUCGACAUCCACCUCGUCCAAGGAUGUCACGGAAGGUAAUGUGAGAAAUGAAGGUCUCGUAGAACUUUUAAUAGAUGUCGAGUCCCCGCCAUGUGUACUGUACGGUCCCCCUAUGGAAUCCACAGGUACGCUACUGAGUGGACUCCUUAAAUUGAGAGUUCGACAUCCAGAUGAUGUGAUUGCAAACAGCGAACCACUGACACCAGUUAGCUCGCAUGGGCAUAAGAAAAAGAGUGUGCAUAGUUUGAACAGUCUCUCCCAAACUCUUUCGAGUCUGUCUAUCAAGAACUCAUCAGCGAGCCCAUCAGCAUCGCCCAAGCUCCCAAGGACACCGCCAUCUUUUAAAUAUUCAGAAAUCGCAGUCCAAGGUGUCUCGUUGUCACUAAUACAGAGAGUCCAGUAUGCUAAGCCAUUUGUUGCAGAACUAUCUGCGGUUCAGUCGUGCAAGGAUUGCUGCUCCAAAGUUACAGAGCUCGCAAGAUGGGACGUUGUUGUCAAGGAAACUAAAAUUCCAAUCGGCGAUCAUGUUUACCCGUUUUCCCAUUUAAUCCCGGGAUCAGUACCGGUUACUGUAUCUCUGGGCUCUGACUCUAAAACAGAAGUAAAAUACGAACUAGUUGCCGAAGCUACCUACAAGCCAGUGAUUGGCAAGGACAACAAUGUAAAUUCUAAGAAUAGAGCAAUUUUGAGGCUCCCAGUGCCUAUAACAAGAAGUAUACUGCGGGGUCCGGACAGAAACUCCAUGAGAAUUUUUCCACCAACAGAUUUGGUUGUCACAGCUGUUCUCCCCAAUAUCAUCUAUCCCAAAUCAACUUUCCCAUUAGAGCUGAAGCUGGAUGGUAUCUCCUCCGAGGGAAGAAGAUGGAGAAUGCGUCGCCUAAAUUGGAAACUCGAGGAGAGGGGACGUGUGCGACUCAAUACUUGCAAUGUCCACAAGUCGAAACUUAAGUCAUUGGAGAAGGACGUUGCUGCCUCUCAGACUCGCAAGAAUUCCGCGAAAGGCAAGCCUUCAAAGAGGACACAUGACGCAGCUCCUCAAGUAACAACCUCGGUAUGCACGCUUGAAGAAGCUUUUUCGAUUACUCGCGCACCUGAGGAUGCUAAUGUCCCACAGAAUGCGGCUACAAAUGAAGAGGAGAGUACCAAUGAUGCAAACAGUUUGGUUCACCCUAGUGACGAUGCUAUGCGUCAAGAAAUCCUUGCUGAGCAAGAGCGAAUGCGCAAUGAAAUAGUACAACAAGACCUAUCUCAAGAAACUGCCCUUUUCACUGAAGAGGUGCGCACUAUAGCUCAUGGAGAGGUCAAAAGCGGCUGGAAGAGUGACUUUAGUGGUCAAGGCAAGGUUGAGAUGGUGACAGAGCUUAAUUGUAUGGGCCUCAACUCUGGGGUUAGUAACCCUGUAACAAGAGGUUCCAGUCUUCAUUCGAUGGCCGAUCAUUCUAAGCAACCUGUAACUGUUGCAUGUGAUGUUGAAGACUCGCAUCUGGGCAUUUAUGUCCAACAUCUCCUUAUACUGGAAGUUAUUGUUGCUGAAGAGAUGCUGCAAUAUGCUAAUGGACAACCUUUACAUCCUGGUCAUGGUACGGGAUCUAACUCUAGUGGACUUACGCCCACUGCUAGCUCUGAUCAAAGAUUAGCAGAGGUUUCUCCUAUUCUUGCUGCACGCAAUACACAGUCGAUUCCCACAGAUUCACAAAAUGACGACAACCUAACGCCUGUCGUAUCCCAAGGCAACAGUAAGGUUUCUGCUGCUCAGCGUAUAGUCGGGUUACCUACUGGUGCCGCUCGAGUCCUGAGGAUGCAGUUUAGGCAGGUCAUUACAGAAAGGUCUGGACUCGGCAUUUCAUGGGAUGAUGAAGUUCCACCCACGUACCAAGAUAUUCGGUUAUUAUCACCUCCCAGCUACUCCAAAGCAAUGAGUAAAAAGGACACUUCUCUAACUCAGGCAGCCAAAACUGAUAAUCUGGACGACCUUGAAGAUCGAAUCGAUCGGGUUGACCUUCAAAUGCCUCUACCUCCCCCACAAGCUCACUCGCACGGUGACUCCGAUCAGCAUUUAACGCCUGCCCAAUCGCCUCUUCUGAACCAUAUUGUUAGCAUACAAGGAAACGCUGGGCCAUCUCACGUUCUUACCCCCAUGAACACACAAGAGAUUCGCAUGCCGGCUUUAUCAGAAUUACUGGACACCGAUAGGAUAACUCAGUAG